AUGGCGUUUAUUUCCGAUCAAUACUUCUACUCGGAUGUCACGAGUCAGUCUAAUGACUGGCUUGACUUUGACCGAUUACUCAACUUUCAAACUGACUGUGGCGAUGACCAUCUUGCCUCAGCUAACUCGGUUUCCCCAGAGCUUUCACUCCCCUACGAUGCUGAGAUGGUGAAUGACUUGCCAGAUCUUCAGUCUGCGUUCUCGGAUAUGAUCAACUACGAUCUUCCACAAGCCAAUUUACUGGCUGAUGGAUCCCCGAUUGUGGGCCUGAUGCCGGACCCUGCGUCGGCCUUUGACCAGGUCGCGUACCAAAAUUACCAACCAUACGAUAUGCAAUUCGACUUCCGUCAAAUGGUGGAGGCGCAGGCUGUCACAACUCCUGGAAAUGCAUCUCUCAAGGAGAAGCGACGAGAGGCGGCGAUUGCUCUCCACUUGCAGCGAUUAUGUGAUGCCACUGCAUUGGACUUGGAUAUGUCGUCGGACUCCAACACCAGCUUCUCAUCCCCGAGCUGGUCCGAUUACAUGCAAGAGAGCAUCUCUUCGCACUCCACAAGUGCGAGCCCGGAACCCAGGCCGACAUCACCUUCUACCUCUGGAAACGGAGCCGGUGCCGGAGCCAUGGAGAUGGUUCUUGACUUGAAUAUGAAUGCGACUACUAACGUGCCGAAGAAGCAAAAGCCUCGUUCUCAGGCACAGAAGGAGAAUUACAUCAAGGCGCGGAAAUAUGGUGCCUGUGAGAAGCACAAGAAACAACAUAAAAGAUGUAAUUGCUUGGAGAUGGCUGCCACUCGUGCAGAGACUACCCAACUACCGACCAACGUUGGAAUUACCGGAGGACUCAAGGAGAGGUCGAAACAUCCAUCCAUCCACAUGCCAAUCUCUUCAGAUGCACGCUCCACUGCUGUUCCUGGCCUUGACUCAUCACUGAAGUCACCGUUGGCACGACCUCUGAAGUCACCACUGGAUCGAUCAGUGAACGUUGUUAAAAAGGUCGUCAGCAGCUCAUUAGAGGCAAGCGUUGUAUCCCACUCAGCGGGCAUGAAGCGACAACCACUGAGGGAAACUACUCAAACGACCCAAGACAAUACUGGGCAACAAAAAGUUCCCAGUACGACUGCUGUCAAUUCUCCGGUCAAGAAUGCCAGCAUAAAUGUUGGCAAGAACAUAUUCAACUCUCCUGUCAAGGAAAUCCAGUCCUCUGUUCAGCUUUCUCAAGCUGCAAAACCCGCAAGAAAGUCCACCGGACUUUCAAGCUUACGCUGGCGCUCUCUGAAAGAGCCUUCCAACAGCCAAGCUGAUGCUCUUCAACGCAGUGUAGCUGCUCUGGACAGCAAGAAGCAUUCCCCAGGCGCUACAAACACUGUCGUCCUGAGAACGCCAGAUAUACAAUCUGGAAGCCUAAGAACAGCAUCAGUUCUGGCCCCUGCUCGUCUGAAGAUCUCUACAACAGCCGUCUUCAGCCUGGCCGAAGCCUCACUGAAGGUCCGCAGCGGACUAUCCAGUACAGCAACAGUCCGAAGCUCGACCUCGGUAUUCUCCGAUCUGAACCAAGCAUCAACUCUUUUGUCCUCGAACUCUCAACGCUCGCGAGUGACACUACCGUCUGCCCCGGAACUUUCGAUCAAGGAUUGCCGCACCCUCUGCACCAGAAAACUUUCCGGAGCAGAUCACCUGGCUUCUUCCUUAGUCCAAAGCACCAGCGGACUGUUGGCUCAA